AUGUCCACCACCCCAACAAUUGAAGAUCAUUGCUUAACAAUGGAAAAGCUUUCUGGCUCAUUACUCCUUCGUCUUACCCUCAUAUUCAAUUUAAUCACUAGUAUCAUAGCACUCCCAUUGCUUCUAGCGGCUAGUUAUGCUUUGUGGAGAGCCCGAGUUGCAAAAUUAUUCCAUGUUAACAUUAUAAUAAUGUUCCAAGUUCACAUACUCGGAUUUAUAUUACACUGCUUCAGUAGAAUAAUCCUCCACACGCUCGAUUUGUACAACUACGCAUUUCUGGAUUACUGUAACAUGACACCUAGCACAAUCAGAUGUUUCGUGUUUCGAGUACAGUAUGUUUUUGGGUUAUGGAUAGUGUGUGCAACUACAGUACCACUGGUAAUUGAGAGGUAUAUUGCAACUGUGAAAUCUUCAAAUUAUGAGCACAUCGGAUGCUCUUUAGGAGUUGCUAUGGCAGCGCUACAGGUUCUUAUUGCAUUUGGUCUAACUUUUAUAAAUUUUCGAAGCUUUUCAUUUGAGGAGCCUGUUAUGAAUUAUUGCAUGGGAAUUAAAGCUGGGGCGGUUAGCAACACUGAAAAGGCUGCGUUUGUAAGCCUUGUCGUCCAAGUUCUAGCCAGGAUUUUGUUUCAUUAUUUGCUGAAAAUAAAUGAGAAUUAUCGAAAACAGCAACUGACAUCUUCGCUAUCCAAUCGAUACUCUUUGGAGCAGAACUUGAAAUCUAUGAAGACUUUGAAAAGGUUCGCAGACUUGCAGUCGGUUUUUAUGGUUAUCCAUAUGGCAUUGUUCAUUUUGAUAUUGAAUAUUGGAGAAAGCGUGGAGAAGGCGACGUACAUUUCGCUGGUGGAAAUGAACGCUCCAUACCCCAUCUACGCUGUCAUCUCGAUUGUGGUCCUUCUCAAAAAAGCGCAUCUGAACAAAGUGAAGCUAAAAAAGACCCUCGAAACUCAUGUAUAUGCAGAUCAAAGUGUCUACUUUGAGAAUUUCAAAAAGUUUUUGGUUUAG